CCCAAGCCGAAACCGAGCUGGAGCCGUUGAGUCGACCGAAGAACUCCUCACCUCCCCUUCGGCCCAACCGACCAAAAAUCGAUCCAUUAGGGUUCGGGUGAUGGCGGCCGGUGAGGGGCGGCGACAGGGGGCGAGAAGAGGCGACGGAAACGGUGAAGAGAGGCCGGGAUCCUGUGUACGGAGGCCCGACGGCGUGGAGUGGCGCUCGAUCGGCGGUGGGCGGUGAGAUCCGUCGGAGGCGACGGCGACAAAUCCGGGGAAAUCGGCAAGAACUCUGAUGAAAACGGAGAGGAAUCGACAGCAAUCGAAAUUCGCACCUUACCCCAGCCCCCGCUCGUCAUAGAUUUGAAGAGGGAUCUGAAGUUCAGUCGCAGAAGAGGACGGUGACCCGGAUGAAGGGUCGGAUGGGCCCGAAUCCGAAGAAGGCAAAACAAGAAGAAACAGGAGCAGCGGGGGGAACGGAGGAGAUGGUGGGAACCCAGCAGAAGAAGCAGGGGGGGAAGACGUCGGCUGCGGGAGAGGGUUCCAGUGCCUCAUCAGCUGACCCCGUCAACACCCCGCCGCCCCGUAUUCCCUUCCCAGCAUUCCCCACGUCGGGCACGGCGAGGGAUGUAGUGAAGUGGAGCAAGAAUUGCAGAAAGAUCGGCAUGAUUCUUGCAAAAGAUCCUCGUAAUUAUCUUCCUACCAUGAGGGGUCCCAAGGAUCCAUACACCAGGGACGCCGUGCAGAGCCCAAUGGACAAGGAAAUAGUUUUGAGUGUGGCACCCUCCAUUGUUAGCGUGUCCUCCAUCGGGCAUGAUGGAGUGAAGAUACAACAAUGUUCUGGCAUCGUCAUUCAACAAUGGGAGGACAAGGUGAAGACGCGCGCUAUAGUAGCGACUUGUUCUGCAGUCGUUUGCAAGAGGGGUAAAUUGCUUGAUCCCAAGCCCAAGCUAUCUAUUGGCUUGCCUGAUAGUACCAUUUUGGAAGGAGAGCUCGUAUUCUUCAAUGAUCAUUACGAUCUUGCUCUAGUAGAGAUCCAGGUGCCCGUUCCUUUGCUGCUCCCUUCUAUUGGAUCUUGCCCACAAUAUGGCAUGAAAGUCUUAGCAUUGGCUAGAGACGAAGAGUCAACACUCAUGGCUAGACUUGGGGAAGUUAAAUACCUUGAAGAAUCGAACUAUCUAGGGCGAAACUAUUACGUCUUCCUUAACGGUGAAAUACCAGAGAAGGGCACUGGAGGACCUGUGGUUGACUACAAUGGUAGCGUCAGAGGGAUGGCAUUCAGCUGUAGUCCAUACCCUGCUGUUCUCUCAAUCUCCACAAUCAUCACAUGCUGUAAAAUGUGGUCAAAUUUUGGUCGUAUUGCUCGCCCCCUACAUGGGUUGGGCGUAAGGACAAUACAGCUGCUGGAACUGUCGCUUCAUGAUAGGCUCAGACGUGACUAUGGCAUUGACACUGGUUUCAUCGUAGACAAGGUUUCAUAUGGCUCCUGCUGAGGCUCUAGGGAUUAGAGAUGGAGAUGUAAUUUGUUCAUUUGAUGACCAGCAUGUUCAUGCUCCUUCUUUACCUCAGCUGGAAGAUUACUUUCUAUCGCUUGGUUGGGCAUUCCUGCAAAAUUCAAGCUACACUGUAGAUCUCAAGCUUAGAGUUAUUGAUCUCGUCGGACGUAGUGGUAAAGGAAUCACCUUGCCUGUUAGAUUCUGUGAUCAAUCUGAGCGGGUUAGCUCAGCGCGGAUGACUCCAUGAGGUGCUGGACAAGUUACUGUAUCCAGUCAAACUGACGAACUGAGUGCAUACUCUUCUUUUUGGCCUCGAUCUAUUUGUGCAUCUAGCAUUUUGAAUGAGGCAUGCAACUCAGUACCGUCUUGCGGAAUGGUUUGGUUGGAGGAACAUAUUCACUGGUCAUUAGACCAUCUCGUGGCCUUUCUAUGAUCUUGCUCAUUUUUUCAUGAGCACUGUGGUUAUGAUGAUUGCGGUAGUAAUUAAUGGUUCAGGUUGAUUUUA